AUGACAGUCGAACGAGCGCAGUCUGUUGGUCUUCCCCACCUGCUGCUAAUUCACGGUUUCGCGGGUGGGCUUGCUUUAUGGAAUCUCUCUCUUGAGGCCCUGAGCCAACGGUACCAGGUUCAUGCCAUUGACGCCCCCGGUUUUGCCGACUCCUCCCGAAUCAAGUUUUCAAAAGACCCUGACGCUGCCGAGGACGAAAUUUGUGAAACCAUCGAGGCCUGGCGUGCUGCCCAAGGCAUUGAGCAAAUGGUUGUAGCUGGCCACAGCUUUGGUGGCUUUAUUGCCGGUAACUAUGCCCUCCGCCACCCGGAACGCGUUCAGCGUCUCGUGCUUCUCGAUCCCUGGGGUUUGCCCCAAAAACCUGAUGACCACAACUUUUCAAAAUACCCCUGGUGGGCCCGCCUCUCCAUCUCCGUCCUGUCCAAGUUCCCGCCCCUCGCCGUUGUUCGAGCUGCAGGCCCCUGGGGCGAAUCCUUGAUGGGCCUGCGCAAAGAUUUGGGCUUGCGCUUCAGGGAAUAUCUCGGCAAUGAUCGCGACUUUUAUGGAUGUUGGUCUCUCCUCACGUCUACAAGGGCCUCUCGUCGUCUGCUCGUGUUGAGUUUUCGGCGCAACACUUACCUCACUUGGGAUUCGCUUACCGUCACAACGGGUUCAUUUUUAGAUAUUUACCACUGCAAUGCCCAAAGCCCAAGUGGGGAACUGGCUUUUCAUCACAUGUCCAUUCCCAUUGGCUGGGCCAAAAACCCGCUUGCGCCCCGCCUUCCCCUCAUUGACGAGCGAAUCCCAAUCAACUUCAUGUUUGGCGAGCAAUCUUGGAUCAGUCCGGAGCCUGCCGUCGCCUUCUCAGCCACUCGCCCCAAUUCUACUGUCAAAUUCGUGCCACGCGCCGGCCACCACCUGAUGUGGGACAACGCGCCCGUGUUCACGGAGACAAUGCUUACACUGGCGGAUGAGGAGGCUCGCCGCCAUCGGGUGUCAGUCGACAGCGUCUGA